ACCUGUGAAUUGUAACCUACUAGCGUCUGUGAAGGAAACUGUUUAACCGGAUCCCAUUGUAGCCGGAGCGCAGAGCCGCCUUUCCAGCAUGCAGGGGCUGCUCAGAAUUUAAUCACUCCAAGAAAUAGAGCAGAAUUUAGCCAUGGCCCCAAGGAAGAGAGGUGGACGGGGGAUUUCAUUCAUCUUUUGCUGUUUCCGAAAUAAUGAUCAUCCCGAAAUCACCUAUCGACUGCGAAACGAUAGCAAUUUCGCCCUUCAGACCAUGGAGCCAGCAUUGCCCAUGCCCCCUGUGGAGGAGCUGGACGUCAUGUUCAGUGAACUUGUGGAUGAACUUGACCUCACAGACAAACACAGGGAAGCCAUGUUUGCACUUCCGGCUGAGAAAAAAUGGCAAAUAUACUGUAGCAAGAAAAAGGACCAGGAAGAAAACAAGGGAGCAACAAGUUGGCCUGAAUUCUACAUCGAUCAGCUCAAUUCCAUGGCUGCUAGAAAAUCUCUGCUGGCGUUAGAGAAAGAAGAAGAGGAGGAAAGAAGCAAAACGAUAGAGAGUUUGAAGACAGCACUAAGAACAAAACCAAUGAGGUUUGUAACCAGAUUCAUUGACUUAGAUGGCCUCUCAUGUAUCCUCAACUUUUUAAAGACCAUGGACUAUGAGACCUCAGAGUCUCGAAUACAUACCUCUCUCAUUGGAUGUAUAAAGGCGCUAAUGAACAACUCUCAAGGUCGGGCUCAUGUCCUGGCUCAUUCUGAGAGUAUAAACGUAAUUGCUCAGAGUCUGAGCACAGAGAACAUUAAAACAAAGGUGGCCGUGCUGGAAAUCUUGGGCGCUGUGUGCCUGGUUCCCGGGGGUCACAAGAAGGUUCUACAGGCCAUGCUGCAUUAUCAGAAGUACGCCAGCGAGAGAACCCGCUUCCAGACAUUAAUUAAUGACUUGGACAAAAGCACAGGGCGGUAUAGAGAUGAAGUGAGUCUCAAGACUGCCAUCAUGUCCUUCAUCAAUGCAGUGCUCAGCCAAGGCGCAGGCGUGGAAAGUCUGGACUUUAGACUUCAUCUUCGCUAUGAAUUUCUGAUGUUAGGAAUUCAACCUGUAAUAGAUAAAUUAAGAGAACAUGAAAAUUCCACAUUGGAUAGGCAUUUAGACUUUUUUGAAAUGCUCCGAAAUGAAGAUGAACUAGAAUUUGCCAAAAGAUUUGAAUUGGUCCACAUAGACACAAAAAGUGCAACUCAGAUGUUUGAGCUGACCAGGAAGAGGCUGACUCACAGUGAAGCUUACCCUCACUUCAUGUCCAUCCUGCACCACUGCCUCCAAAUGCCUUACAAGAGAAGUGGCAACACCGUUCAGUACUGGCUGCUGCUAGAUAGGAUUAUACAGCAAAUAGUUAUCCAAAAUGACAAAGGACAGGACCCUGACUCCACACCUUUGGAAAAUUUUAAUAUUAAGAAUGUUGUGCGGAUGUUGGUUAAUGAAAAUGAAGUUAAGCAGUGGAAAGAACAAGCAGAAAAAAUGAGAAAAGAGCACAAUGAGUUACAGCAGAAACUGGAAAAGAAAGAGCGAGAAUGUGAUGCCAAGACCCAAGAGAAGGAGGAGAUGAUGCAGACCUUAAACAAAAUGAAAGAGAAGCUUGAAAAGGAGACCACUGAGCAUAAGCAAGUCAAGCAGCAGGUGGCGGAUCUCACGGCACAGCUCCACGAGCUCAAUAGGAGGGCUGUAUGUGCUUCAGUCCCAGGUGGACCCUCGCCCGGAGCCCCAGGGGGGCCUUUUCCUUCCUCUGCCCCUGGGUCUCUCCUUCCUCCUCCACCACCACUUUUGCCAGGUGGAAUGCUGCCCCCUCCUCCACCUCCUCUCCCACCGGGGGGCCCUCCUCCUCCCCCAGGUCCGCCUCCUUUAGGAGGAUUCAUGCCACCCCCUGGCGCUCCAAUGGGCCUGGCACUCAAGAAGAAGAACAUCCCUCAGCCCACAAAUGCCCUGAAAUCCUUCAACUGGUGCAAACUGCCUGAGAACAAACUAGAAGGAACAGUAUGGACCGAGAUUGAUGAUACGAAAGUCUUCAAAAUUCUAGAUCUUGAAGACUUGGAAAGAACUUUCUCUGCUUACCAAAGACAGCAGAAAGAAGCAGAUGCCAUUGAUGACACACUGAGUUCCAAGCUUAAAGUCAAAGAGCUUUCGGUGAUUGAUGGUCGCAGAGCUCAGAAUUGCAACAUCCUUCUGUCGAGGUUGAAAUUAUCCAAUGAUGAAAUCAAACGGGCCAUUCUGACAAUGGAUGAGCAGGAAGAUCUGCCCAGGGACAUGUUGGAACAGCUCUUGAAAUUUGUUCCUGAAAAAAGUGACAUUGACCUGUUGGAGGAACAUAAACAUGAACUGGAUCGAAUGGCCAAGGCUGAUAGAUUUCUUUUUGAGAUGAGUCGAAUUAAUCAUUAUCAGCAAAGACUACAAUCACUGUACUUCAAAAAGAAGUUUGCAGAGCGUGUGGCAGAAGUGAAGCCUAAAGUAGAAGCAAUUCGUGCAGGCUCUGAAGAGGUUUUUAAGAGCGGUGCCCUGAAGCAGUUGCUGGAAGUGGUUUUGGCAUUUGGAAAUUACAUGAACAAAGGCCAAAGAGGCAAUGCUUAUGGAUUCAAGAUAUCCAGCCUCAACAAGAUUGCUGACACAAAGUCCAGUAUUGACAAGAACAUCACACUUUUGCACUAUCUCAUAACUAUUGUGGAAAGUAAAUACCCCAAGGUUCUCAGUCUACAUGAAGAAUUGCAGGACAUUCCUCAAGCAGCAAAAGUAAACAUGACUGAGCUGGACAAAGAAAUGAGUACUUUGAGAAGUGGCCUGAAAGCUGUGGAGAUGGAGCUGGAAUAUCAGAAGACUCAGCCCCCACAGGCCGGAGAUAAGUUUGUGUCCGUUGUCAGCCAGUUCAUCACAGUAGCCAGCUUCAGCUUCUCUGAUGUUGAAGAUCUUCUAGCAGAAGCUAAAGACCUGUUCACUAAAGCAGUGAAACACUUUGGGGAGGAGGCUGGUAAAAUACAGCCAGAUGAGUUCUUUGGCAUUUUUGAUCAGUUUCUUCAAGCUGUAUCAGAAGCCAAACAAGAGAAUGAAAACAUGAGAAAGAGGAAGGAGGAGGAAGAGCGCCGGGCUCGCAUGGAAGCUCAGCUUAAAGAACAGCGUGAAAGGGAACGUAAAAUGAGAAAAGCAAAAGAGAACAGUGAAGAAGGUGGGGAGUUUGAUGACCUGGUUUCAGCUUUACGCUCAGGAGAAGUGUUUGACAAAGACCUCUCUAAACUGAAGCGGAAUCGCAAGCGCAUUACCAACCAGAUGACGGACAGCAGCCGAGAGAGACCCGUCACAAAACUGAAUUUCUAAUCUCCUUUGAAUCCUUUUUUAGAAAGCUCAUUUAGCAGCCCUUUGAAGGGACUAGAACUUUUCAUUACACUGCCUUGCAGUUUGAACAGUGGCAAUUUCUUCUUUCACCUGUGUGUGAGUGUGUGAAUGUGUGUUUUUGUAAAUGUAUGUGUAUAUAUAUAUUAAAGAUGUAUAUAGAAGUCUGAAUGUUGUCUGGAGACCUAUAUGUAUGAUCCCCCCCACCCCAAUAGUCUAUGUUAACACAUGUGCUCAGAGGCCCUUUGUGUAUGCAUUCAUAUUGAGUGUGACUCACCUUCCCCUGAACACCAAGACUGUUCAGAAGCACAAUACUAUCUCCUGAAAGAGAUGACACAGACAUUCCCUAGAUUAAAAGAAAAACAAAAGCAAAAAAAAAAAAAAAAAAAGCUUGAGAAAUAUUUUAUGGUUUCCAAGCUUGUUAUGCAUUGAAAUUAUUUUCAUUGGUGAAACUGGUACUGGAAAAAUAUAGAUUUAAAAUAGUUUUUAAUGGUUGACGAUAUGACGCUGGUGCAUCAUAUCAGUAAUGGAUAGAGGACCAGCUUAGCAUUUCUGACGUUGGUGUGGGGAUGCAUCUAUAAAUGUUUAUUGAGAACAUCUUGCACACAAUCUGAACUAUGUAGAGUAUUGAUCAGAAUUCUUUUCUAUAUGUAAGACUUAAACAUCAUUUUUUCCCCCCUAAUUUCAUUGAGUACUCAGCCAAGCGCUCUUGAUGAUUUCUUUACAUUGCUUUUGGAAAGAACACUAUUUAUCUAAGUACAUUCGAUGCUCUUGUUGAAGAACAAGAUUGCCAGAAUACAUUUGUUGUUCUAAGAAUAUAGAUGUAUAAAUUAUAAAAAUGAAAUUUCCCACCUAAGACUUAACAGGAGGAGUCAUCUGAUGGGAUAUACAUUAUUAAAAAAAAAAUUAUGGGGUGCCUUUUUUUUUUUUGUAUUUUGUAUUUUCUUUUUUGUAGGACAAGCUGCAUCUUCUGUAAAUAUUGGUCUGGACUAAAGGACAAUUAGUGAAUGCACAAAUAUCAACACCACCAACAGAGAUGCCACAAUCUAUUUAUCUCUAGCUAUGUUUGAAGUGGUUUGCUGUUUAUAUGUUGUCAUUUUAAAUUGUAUGUCAGUAAAGCUACCUGUAAAAUUUCAGUCCAAAAGAUGAAACUCUCAGGGAGAAAUGAAUAAAAACAAUGAACAUUAGAAAAUAAAAUAUAAAAGCUUACCAUUAACCUACCAACUCUUAAUAUCCUUAAAUUAUAUGAUAUAUGAAGAGGACUGUUACUUUUUUUUUUUUUUUACUUUAUUUAUUUGUAGUGGGGGAGGAGAGUGAGUUUUUUUCUUUUCUUUCCAUCAGUCCUAUUGUGGUUGGGUUUCCUGUGGAGAGAGUAGUUUGUCCUAUUGCACUAGAACAUUAUUUACACACGAAAUUGAGUUUUUCAGUCAAUUAGCAAAUAUUUAUUAGGCACCUGCUAUGUGCCAGGCGUAGUAGGUCUACAAUGGUAAGCAAGACAGAAUCCCUGCCCCCGAGGAAUUUUCAUUCUAGUGGGGAGAUGAAGGGGUGAACAGAAUAUCAAGGCAUGCACUGUACACGAAUUGUGCUAUUUAAAAAUAAUUUGUAUAAACUAUAAAGCUUAGCACAGGUGGCCAGGUCUCUGUGCUAUGUGAAAGCUGUGAAGUAGUGCUCUAAGAGUUGUCAAGAGCUGUGGUUUUACAUUUUUCCCCUCAUUGCAAACUUAGUGACUUUCUACACAGUAUGUGGAAGUAAAUGACCAGCCAACAGAAGUCAUCGAUACCCAGCAGAGGCUGUGCUCGCCCUGCCCCUAUCACCCAGGUCUGCAAAGCCACCAUGAGAGGUGCAGAUGGAGACUUUGGAGUCUUUCCUCAGAAGUCUUAGAGAUGAGGAGUGGGAUAUGCUGAUGGAUUUGUCUAUUCCGUACUUAACUAAAGUGCCUCUGUAUAUUCUUUUCUAUUGAUAGCAAGAGAAAUUGGUCUGGCUCAGUUUUGGAACUGUAGUUUGAAAAUGGCUUUAUUUUCCAGUUUAAGGAAUGGACAGACAGACGGAGAGGCACAUGAAGGAGCAAGUUUGUGUGGCAUGACCCUCUUGCCCUUUGUAAGCAUCCUCAUUCUGACACGGCCCUCCUGUGGGCCUCCCUCGCCAUUUCCAUCUUUUGGUUUCUUUCCCCAGAAGCUGUGUGCAGGUAAUUCCAUGUGCCAUUGUUAAAGAAAACCUACUUUUUAGAUUGGUGCUGGUGUAAGUAGCCACUUUUCUCUCUUGGGUGUGUAUUUUGAAGUUUUUUGUUUGUUUUUAUAAAUUAAUGCCAAAAAGAAAAAGCAUUAUAAUUUGUAAACUUAAUUAUAUGUCUUGUAUCUUACUAGCUUAGUAGUUGGAACCACUUAGUCUUUAGGUGCAAGACUGUCGUUAUAGUACUGAGGAAAAAAUGUUGUAUGUGUUAGGAGACUACAUUUUUUUUAAUAGCAAUAUGCAAUAAAGAGAUGAAUUCA